UUUAAGAGCCUGUUAGGUUUGUUGCUGUGCAGACCAACAAACCUAACAGCGGUAAAUAAUAAAUGCCUGUCAUUUCUGGCUCCUUGACUGCAACCAAAGUAACAUCUCCUUUCUUUCCCUCCACAGUCUUCAUCUGCAGCUUCAUGGUGGCUGUUCCCAUCUUCGGUUACAUGGGCGACCGCUUCAACAGAAGGAUCAUCCUGAGCGGUGGCAUUUUCUUCUGGUCUACCGUGACCAUGUUGAGCUCGUUCAUCGGCAAAGAGCACUACUGGCUAUUUGUGCUCUCCAGGGGACUGGUGGGCAUCGGCGAGUCCAGCUACUCUGCCAUCUCUCCCACCAUCAUAGGAGACCUGUACACAAGCAACAGCCGCACCAUCAUGCUCUCCGUCUUCUACCUGGCCAUCCCGCUGGGAUACGGCAUGGGUUACAUCCUGGGCUCCAGUGCCAAGGACGCCGCUGAGGACUGGCACUGGGCAUUAAGGGUGUCCCCGUUCAUAGGUGUCACUGUGGGCGCUCUGAUCCUGCUCUUUGUGCCUGACCCGAAGAGAGGCUGCGCAGAUCAGAUAGAUGGACGCAUGUCGCCCUCCCAGACGUGGCUCAGCGACAUGAAGGCCCUCGCCAAGAACCGGAGCUACGUGUUCUCCACCUUGGCGACAUCAGCCGUGUCCUUUGCCACGGGCGCGUUUGGAAUGCUGAUUCCCAUCUACCUGUACCGAGCGCAGGUGGUGCAGAGGGAAAUCGAACCCUGCACGAGUAAAGUUUGCAGCAGCAAAAACAGUCUCAUCUUCGGGGCCAUCACCUGCGCGACUGGGCUGCUGGGCGUGGUCAUAGGGGCCGCCGUCACGCGCUACUUUCGCCGUAAGACGGCGCGGGCCGACCCCCUGGUGUGCGCCGUCACCAUGAUGGGCUCUGCCAUCUUCAUCUGCCUCGUCUUCGUCGUGGCCAAGAACAGCAUCAUUGCAGCUUAUGUUUUCAUCUUCAUCGGAGAGAUGCUGCUGUUUGUGAACUGGGCUUUGACGGCAGACAUUUUAAUGUUUGUUGUUAUUCCCACACGGAGAGCCACAGCAGUCGCCAUUCAGAGCUUCACCUCUCAUUUCCUGGGUGACGCAGGAAGUCCAUACCUGAUAGGCAUGAUCUCUGACAAGCUACAGGAUAAAUUUGUUUCAUCUGAACUAUGGAAGUUCCUCAGUCUGGGCUAUGCCCUCAUGCUGUGUCCCUUCAUCAUUGUCGUGGGGGGCAUGUUUUUCCUGGCCACGGCGCUGUAUUUCCUGGACGACCGGGAAAAGGCCGACAGGAUGAAGAAUCUGAUGCAUCAGACUCCACCUUCUUCAGUCAAGGUAUGACCAGGUGAUCAGCAGACGAGGACCUAUCUGCACAGAUGUUUAGAGGACGCCAAAAUAAAGAGUGCCCGCCGUCCUUUUCUAUAUAUAUUUUUUUAUUUUGUCAUCACCGUUAGAAUCCUCCUGCUCCUCUCGGGCUCCCUGCUGCUCUCGUUUGGUUUUCAACUCGGAACUGGAAAACGAGGGGAGCGUCUUGCUCCGCCUCGAACCUCCCCAGGUGGGGGAGUAGCUUUUUCGUCCCAAGUCUGCGAAGAUCCACGACUCUUCGGGAUCCACGACUCUUCGGGAUCCACGACGACGCAACUCUUCUGACUUUUUGAUGCCAUACUACUGAAUGCUGACCAUGAACCUGCCCUGUCUACCUGCCUGCCUGCCUGCCCAACAGCGCGUCUCUUAUUUGUCCGUCUGCAUCGAACCAUCGGCUGUUAGUCUGCACCAAGUGCCAUAGCCUCAUUUACAUUCCUAUAAACUUUGCACUGACCACCGA